CUUUUGGAAGAUGGUGCUGCUCACGUGAGUGGUUCUCUGAUGCCGAAAGCAAAAACUCUGCGACCGCUCUAGCGUCCUCCUUUACCAACGAGUUAAAUUCUGCUGUUGAUAGGUUAUUCCCGUCUAAGGUUAUUAGAAUUCAUAACUCUGACAAACCAUGGAUGACGCCUGCAUUAAAAAAACUGAUUUAUCAAAGGCAAAAAGCCUUUCAUUCUGGUAACCUUGACCUCUGGCGUCACUAUAGACUUAAAGUCCGAAACGACAUAGGAGUGAAAAAGCGUGCAUAUUAUACGAACAAGGUACAACACCUAAAAUCCAGUGACUCCAGAAAAUGGUGGGACUGUGUUAACCAGAUGUCCGGGAAAAAAAGAUCUGCAACCAAUAACAUUAAGAUCGUUAAGAAUGGUACCACUCUAUCUGGUAAAGAUCUCGCCCAAUCACUUAACACCUAUUUCUUAAGCGUGAGUAAUGACCUACCACCACUGAAUCCUCUCCUGCUACCUGCCUUUCUCCCUGCACCUAGGCCUGUACCAAAAAUUUUCCCUGACGAAGUUUGCACUAAGAUGCUCAAUACAAAAGUUUUCAAAUCCAGCGGUCCUGACAAUAUUCCUAACCGGAUUAUUAAGGAUUUCGCGUACGAAUUGGCCGAACCUGUAUGUCACAUCUUUAAUACAUCUCUGUCCACUGGUGAAUUCCCUAACAUAUGGAAAGAUGCGUUAAUUACACCAAUUCCUAAAGCGCCAUCCGUAUCCUGUGAGGAGGAGUUGCGCCCAAUCUCCCUUACAGCCUCUUUGUCCAAAAUUCUUGAGGACUUUGUGGUCAAUUGGAUGGUGGAUGACGUGAAACAUAAAAUCAACCCGCAACAAUUUGGUUGCCUUAAAGGAACCUCUACAACGUUUUGCUUGAUCGAUAUGAUCAACAAUUGGCUAAGAACAUUGGAUGAUAAAUCGAGCUAUCUGCGGAUCGUUUUCCUCGAUUUUAGUAAAGCCUUCGAUCGCAUCGACCAUAAUAUCCUGGUCCCAAAGUUGCUGGCCCUUGGCGUCAGAUUGUCGCUUAUUCCAUGGAUAUGCAGCUUUCUCUCAAAUCGCCGUCAAUCGGUAAAGAUCGACAAUUUCCAAUCUGAUUGGGGCAUCAAUAACGCAGGUGUCCCUCAAGGAACUAAGUUGGGCCCUAUUUUAUUCAUAAUUAUGAUCAAUGAUCUUGAACUGGCAUCCUCUAGCACUGACCAUUGGAAAUACGUGGAUGACGUAACAAUAUCGGAGUCCUUAAAGAAAAAUGAAGUUUCAGUCCUACAAUCUGAUCUUAACACAAUUGAAAGAUGGACUGUUAAUAACAACAUGAAAUUGAACGGAAAGAAAUGCAAAGAAAUGAUAGUGAGUUUCGUCCAUGGCGAGAAUGACAUCCCCCGACUCCUCAUUGAUG